AGAAACCCCGACAAGAUGGCGGCAAUGAUAGUAAACAUUCACCUGUUGCAGAGAUGAGGAACCAUUUAACACCUUAUUGCUAUGGAAUAAAACAAUGCCAGCCUCAAUUGUGCCAAUCGUCCGAACAAGGGAUUACUCCCUGAAGCCAGUGACAGGUCUGAGAUAUGGCAAUUUUGAGGGUGUGGUUCACCUGCCACCACUGGCUCAAGGUCCCAGGGUGGGGAUGCAGAAUUUCUGUUUGAUCAACAACCAACAGAUCUACAGGAAGGUGACUGACUGGUUUCAGGCAUGGCGGCCGUGGCAGCAGUGUGUUCUCCUUUGUGGAAUAGCAGACAGAUGCACAGUUCGGCAGUUAGACAUGCUAGCAACCUCUCUAGAACCUGUCAAGCACAGAGACUUCACCACAGCACAUUUAUUAAGAUAUCCAUCAACCUCAUUUAGGAAGCUUAAGUCGAGACAAGGAAAAGACAAUUCAAGGGAGACGCUCAAUGACACUCUGUCCGAUGCAUCCGACUUUUACUCUGAGGACUUAAGUGAGCUGGGGACGCCUGAGUAUCAGACACUGAGUCCACUCAAGCUGUACAAUGACACAGAAUCAGCCAGCUCUAACGAUGGCAUCACUAACUACACGCCAUCUUUGUCUCCCUCUGUUGAAUCUGACACUGCACCUAAGAGGCAGUGGGGCCGAUACGCCCGCCUUGAGGUGGUUCAUGAACAUGCUGUCUUUAACAAUCCUCUAAAGCCACCACCUGUUUUACCAGAUGUUGCCGACUAUGCAGACAAGCUUUCUACUGCUAUUUUAGACAGUGUCAUGGGAGAUUUGAGAAAACAACGUGUAGCCGAAGAAAAGAUGAUUAAAAUAAAUCGCCAAAAAGCUAAGAGUAAAACAAUGAUUCCUUUUCAAGGGGGGUUUUCUUUUCCGAAAGGAAGAAAGGCACAAUCAAUGCCAAACCUAAAUCUGUCUGAUGUUUCAAAGUCUUUUCCUCAGCCUGCAAAGGUUAAAUCUCAAAUAGAUAAAAAGUCCAAAGUAAAGGUGAAGAGAAUGAAGAAUGGGGGCUUGCCACAAGUUUCCAAGGGGAAAAGUGUGACUUUGGCACCAAUCUCUCGCAGUGAUUUUUUAUGGAGGGAACAUACAAGAUUUUCUGAUAUAUCUCAGAUUUCUAAAAGGAGUGUCAGUUUUGUAAGACAUCAGAUGUUUGGCAGGACCACUGUCAGCACUCCAGACUUCUUCAGUGUUGAGGGUGUGGAGAGGUCAGGUGAGAUGCAGAGAGGGGUGCGGUUUAGUGCGGACCCAAAGUCAGCAGUACUUGGUUCCCUUCCUGUCCCACUACAGAGUAUGUACAAGGGGUAUAAAUGGUGGCCUGUACAACCACACGAGGGCAUGCAGUACCGCAGACCUUCAAAGAGUGACCUUCUCUCCAACUACAAACAACAACUUACAGAAAUAUAUACGUGGCUGGGAGAAUGGGAAGACUAUGAGAAAAUAAACCUUCUCAAUGUUAUCCUCAAAAUAUCUAGUCCAGAUGCCCUGAACUUCCUGAUGAGCUACAUCAAACAGAAGUUACGAGAUGCCCGGGACAUUAACCGCCUGUCUGACAAGUUAUUACUGUUUACUUUCUCUCAUCUCAAACCAAAGGAUAUCUGUCUAGCUGCACAAGUGUGCAGAAGAUGGCGAUACCUGUGUGCUACGGAUUCCCUGUGGAUGGUGAAGUGUCAUGAACUAGGGGUGGAGGAAGGCAUUGAGAACAUGGAGGAUAUUGUUGUGAAGGCCAACAUCAACAAGAUGGGUAUUGACUGGCGACUUGCCUAUAUAGAACUACGACGCAUCACUAGUGUCACCCGCAUGGCCAAGGAACGAGCUGACGCUGAAUAUGAAGCUGAGAGACGGCGACGGAGAGAAGAAGCGGAGACAACUACAGACAGUAGACUAGAUCUGUCCCCGGUAAUGGAGCUAUCACAGAGUGUGGCCUUACUUCAGGCCUACAACACAAUGUUUCAUGUUCAUACAGCAGAGACGCCCAGUGAAUUUGGGAGUAUCCCAGUCUCCAUCUCCCAAUCACCAACACCGCCCCCCACUGAGGGGGCCCCGGGACCAGGGAUAGAGGAACUAGAGAUCAAGUGUGGCACCAUGUCCACUAUCAAACUCGACGAUCAGGACCGGGUGGUACAGUGGAAGAAGGUCGAGCGCGAGACCAGCGACCUGUGUAGUAGUGUGGCCUCCGAGGACCUAUCUCAGUACAGGGACUACGUAUUCCAGUCCACAGAGGAUCAGCCCGUCAUCCGAAGGAACAAGUUGCCGUAUGACUGGAGGCGGAAACAGCAGGCCUACAGCCUGGGGGGUCCAGUGGAUGAGGAUGGAGACUCACUGCCCAGGAAGGACAGGGUGAGAUCGGAGGAUAUGCAGUUCCAGAUCACACGUUCAGAAACUGGAGUCAAGUUUUUGACGGCAAAAGUGACAAAGAAAUCACCCGUGAAGAAGAGGUUUGAGGUCCAGGAGAAAGCGUAUGACAUUAGAACAGAAUUACGACAGGCUAGUGACCUCCUCGGGAAGACUUUUCCUAGCAUGCAGUUGGAGUGGCAGAAACCUAGUCUAGAUGAUCGGGGUUCCAUGAAGUCAAUGAAGUCUACCAUGACUAAAUCCUCAUGCAUGACCGGUCGUUACAUCGGUGUGGUCAAGAGUGUGCGGAGGGUCAGAAAACUGCAGGGUCACAUGAAUGGUGUGUUGUGUGUCCAGUUUGACAAAAGACGAUUGAUAUCAGCCGGACUUGACCGGACAGUCCGAGUGUGGGACAUCCGAAGUGGCCGUAGUAUCCAUAAGCUCUAUGGCCAUAAGGGAGGCAUCAGGUGUCUACACUUUGAGGAGAACACACUGGUCACAGGGUCCUGGGACACCACACUAAUUGUAUGGGACCUGCGCUCCUUUGAAAAGAGAGCAAUAAUGGCACAGCACACUGGUUGUGUCUCCUGUGUUACCAUGAACCAUGAAUACAUUGUGUCGGGCUCCCAUGACCUGUCUGUGAGGGUGUGGUACCGCCCUGUUUACCAAGAGUACAAGGUCUUACGGGGACACAAAGGACUUAUCAACUGUGUUGCAUUUGACGGACAAAAUGUUGUCUCCGGAUCCAGUGACAUGACUCUGCGAUUGGUGAACAUCCACACAGAACAAUGUUUAUACGUAUUUGAUGGAAGCCAGGACCAGGUAUUAACUGUGUCGAUUCAGGGGGAAUUAAUCCUGAGUGGGGACCUGCAGGGCCGUGUUUAUUUCUGGAACAAGAUGUCCGGUGAGAGUGAAGCUGCCAUACAGGCCCAUGACAAACCCAUCUACAGGGUCAAUUACCACCAAGGUCGUUUCAUCACAGCCUCCGGAGACGGAACCAUCCGGGAAUGGGACAUGAUGACAAUGACCAGUGUUCGACUGCUGCAAGGACAUCAGGGACCAGUCAGAGAUGCCAGGGUAUCCGAUGAUCGGAUUGUCAGUUGCAGUGACGAUGGUACUAUCCGGGUCUGGGACUUGUAUGACAGUCGGAAACAGAACGGUGGCGGGUACACCGGCAACGGCUGACAGGACCAGCGCCGCCAUUGUAUAAAGCUGAUCACGGAUCAUAGUCGACACAGGUGUUCAAUAACAGAUCGAAAUCUCCCCCGAGUAGCUGUGCUCAGGGCUAUAGUACCUCUGCAGUAGUUCGCCAUUCUUUUGAUGUGAGGUGCGAUAAAGUAUCAAUGCCAAUACAGGGACCCUAACCAGGAUUUACUCAUACACACCUGGUCCAGCUAUUUACUACUUCAAAUAAGGCGCUUUGUAUAUACACAGAGAUUUUGUCUUAAGUCUGUAGAUCGCUAGGAUCAGAAUAAAAUGUCCUGGGACUUUGUUUGAUUCAUUCUCAUGAAAGGAAUUCACUCGACAAAACUCUCCAUUAAGCGCUCAGUUAGAUGUCUAAAGUUUUAAGUGUGGCGGUUAUAAAGACCGAUAAGCGUUUACCAAAGACAAUAUAUGGUGUGGUAUCUUUCUCACAAUCCUUUCCCUUGCACACAUUUCAUUGUAAAUACUAAUUUUGUGUUGGUUAUGAAAUAGUACGCUAGGAUCACGAUGUGUGCUUCACUCUAAGAAGUUUACUAUUUACUGCUGUAAGUGACGAAGUACAUUUUAUGGUAUUGGUGAAACGUAUUUUACUAUCUUAACAACAGUCCACAGACAACUUGUGAGAAUUACAUGUACUUCUAAAGAUUAUUUUACACACAGUGAAAUUGACCUUAUUUCUGUGUUAAUUAUUGAGUGUUUACACAAAUUUUAAUGAAAUCACAUUCCAUCACACAAGUCUGUGAAUAUAUAUUUAUGCAGAAUUAUAUCUAUUUUACCACUGUUAUUAAUGAACAUGUUGUUCUGAUUUUGUUUGCUCAACUUCAUGUGUAAAAGGUGACCGUACAGACUAUUAUUUUUCAUAAAAUAUCGAAAAAGUAUUUUUUCACACUCUGUACAUAGAAUACUUUAACUAUUUAUUCAAAGUUUAAUUAUAUUUAUUUAUAACAAUGUUGUAUUCUGACCUAUAUACAUUGCUGUCUUAUCCUAUCAUUAUAAGCAGUAGUAUAAAAUGCUUCUUUCAUACGAUGUUAUUUUCAUUAUAACAAUCAAAUUAUAUUUGUAUACAACUCUUUAAACAAGAUUUUAGCAUGCUAUUCUUUGUUUUAUUUUAGUUUUUAUCAAUGAAAACAUGAAACUUGUUUAUUAAUUUUGAAUUCGUUCCUUUAGAAAGGGUACUUGAGACGUACCUGCGGAGAACUACAUAAAGAUAAGGUUAUCUGUACGCCUCUAUCGGGCUGUAUGUAUAUUACAAUCCAGUUGCGUGCAUUGGACGCCAACCAGCACAGGAAUUCACUCCAAUAUAAACUUCCCGGACUCUGGAAUUAGACACAUAUUGUGCUGCUGGAAGGGGCUGUAGCUCCGUGCAUCCAACAAACUUUUGUUUGAUUUUUGACAGUUUGAAGAUACUCGCCGCUGCCAGUUGUCUUAUUGAGGAGCAUAUUUACGGCUGUAUCCCCCAAGUCAUUUCUAUUUAAUCUAGUCAUAUCUUAUCGGUAGGGAGCUUCAUCUCCAAAACUUCUCUCACGUUCCAUGUAUUUUUUAGUUCAAACAAUUUACUGUGGUAGGCAAAUUGGUUUGUAAUUUGCCCUGUAUCUUAAAUCUAGAUAUUUUUAAUCUAAAAACCAUUAUAAGUACUUAUAUUUUUAUAACUUAUAAUUGUGUUGUUUCUCUGAUUUUUUUCCCCAAUCAUUUUUCAAUCGUUGUGAACUCCUGAAAGGGUUCCCUUGCCAAUAAAAUGGACGCUUGUCUCGCUCAAACCCUAUAGCUUUAACGUUUAAAAGUUUGUCUUUACAAGUUGAUGCACAUGUGGCCUUAUGAUAAUUUGUACAUACCAAGCAAUUGAAAGGAGUGCAGGUGUGAUGAUUACAGGUAGAUAAUGAUGUUGGCGGUCACCAAGGUUAACGAUAUCCAUUAGCUAGCGUAGCCCAUAUCACUUUAAUGUAUAUACUGUGUACUAAGUUAUUUCUAUGUGGAAAUUCUGUCGAAUGUUUGUAAGUUUAUUUAUUCUUUAUUGUUGCUAUAAAACUAACGGGAUUUCUUAUGCUUAGUGGACAACGACACAGACAAAGGGUAUUAUUUAAAAGCGUAUAACUACCAAUAACUGUAUUUAGGUAAAGUACACUUACCAGAAGGAUAGUAAAUAUUAUAUAGUGAAGAAAUUGAAGUCCAGUAAAGAGAAGGGGAAGCUGAAUAUCUUAUAACACAGUUUCAAAUUAUCUCCCAGUUGUUCAUAUAAUAUCUAUUAAAGUAAUUUAUUGGAUACUUAUUACAUAUUCAAUUGGAGGACAAUGUAAUACUGUGUAAAAUACAAAGUAUAUGGCUUUUGACGCAAUCAAUAUACUGAAAUGUUAUUUAUUCAGCUCCUGUCGCUCCAUUAGUCUCCUGUGACUUGACACGAUUGCCUUAUAAGUCGCAACCCGUCUUUCUGUUAUUUAUGAGAUAUAUAGAUACUGUUAUAUGGUAAACAGUUUAAAUUUAGAUAUUUUUAUUUGACUUUUGUUUUGUCUUUCAAUCGAGUUUAUUUGCUUUGUGAUAUUUAAAUAAGUAUUUUGAGCCGAUGAUAAUUAUCAGUUAAUGCUAUAUAAUAGGCAGUUUUAUAGUUUAGAUCAAGUAUAUAACUUCUCGUGAAUGUUUUGUAUCCGAUGGGUUUUAUUUGGUGUUUUGACCAUUGUGUAUGAUGACACUCUUUAAUGUAAGUCUGUGAUAUACCUUUUGAUAAACUAUGCGCAGCAUUGUUAUCGGAAUUACUUUCAAAUACCCACCCUUUUAACACGGCAAACAAUGUGGUAUUUUGUAUCAAUUUUUAUAUAUAUCUGCUGAUCUCUCCAGGAUAUGUUCAUACGAACCCGAUUUAGACAUUUAUGCUUUAAACUUGAAAGUAUUAAUACAUUGCUCAUAUUGUUGAAAUCUUGUAAUAUAUAUGUACACUAUGUAUUCCAUUAUAAACAUAGAUUAUUUGUGUCUUAUUUUGAAGUGAUUGUUUUUGAACCCACUGUAGAAAAUAGAAUUAUGUUAACUGAUAUUUUGUAGCUUGUAGACUGUGACUUAAACGUUAUACAUGAAAUUGAUAUAAAGCGAUGUAUAAAUUUGAUGCGUUGUACAAUUUUCAGCGUUUCGAUUUUAGCACAUUUUCCUUUAGUCGCAUCGAUAAUUUUGAACUGUAUUACGGGCUAAAAAGUAAAAGCAAGAUGCGAAACCUGUCAUUAUAAUGGUUUUGGUAUGACAACUGCAAUAUAACAAGGCAAUAACAGAGACAUUGCCGUACAUUUAGGACUAUAAUCAUUGCUUCGAUUGCCUUAGCAUUAUUUUGGUUGAUACUCGGUUGUAUUAUUUAAUGGAACGUCCACCCGUCGAUAUUACUUUUAUUUUGGGUUAGUUAUCACGAUUUUUAUUCCAAACUGUUUAAAACAGCAUCUGUCUCACUGUGAAGUACAAUCUCUUGCCAAAUAAAGAGCCGAUUGUCGACAUUCUGUCCUAAUUAAGAGCUAUGUCAGCCCUAUCAGUGUGGAAACAGUGGGUGUUUACUUAUUGUAUACCACUGUGUGUUGUUCUACAGCAAUCGUUACAACAGUGGUUAUACAUAACUCACGUCAUUACGGGUAUACGAGUUUCUGAAAUUUGAUAAACGCCUUCAUGUCACUAAAUCAUAUCUGUCAAAGUGCAAAAUUGCGUAUCCUGAAUUUUGUGUAUUAAACGUUUUUCAUAUGGUGCAAUUAUUAAAGGAUUUCCAUCUGUCAUUCAUAGUAAAUAAUGUUGAUAAUAUGAAUGCCAACUCACAACGGUGUAUUCUUGAUACCAAAUGAAAACCACUUAACGCGUAUAUCUACUCUAACAUUUUUAGAAUAUAUGAACUAUGAUAUAAAAUUAAUAAAUUCAUAAAUUGAUUUGUGAAAUGUUAUUAUGUUAUUUAAUUUGGUUGAUAUCUCGGCAAUUACUUUUUUUAUCCGAUCCAAGACAGUAAAUGAAAUCUUACGAGCCGUACAUAUAAGCGUAAGUGCUAUGGAACAUAACUUAACGUGAAUCUCGUCUGAAAAAUGCCCUCUUAUAGUUACGUCAUGGAUUUAAAAUUGUAAUUUCUAAUUAGUGGGUGUCGCUCUUUGACAAAUAAUUCGUUACAUAUUUACAUCUUUUUUCUUUUGAAGCCAACAUUGGCUUAUAUAUCCUGUUAAGAUUUGAUACUCCUCUCGACGAUAUUUUUUAACGCUUAUUACCAUUACUUUCAGUUAAUCACGAAACGAUAGAAACAACUUAACAGUUGUAUACUAAACAUUAUGUUGCAUGUGUUUUCCAAGAUUUUGAUUUAUGUUAAAUUAUUUUUUUAUGUUGCCGUUGUGACUUCUGUUCGGAGAGUGUCAGUGUUGCUGAUAUAUUUUUUUGUUUUGAGAGUAUUAUUGUUGCCGUUGGGAUUUCUGUUUUGAGAGUGUAUUCGUGUUUCGAGUGGAAUCUCUCCUUAUUUUUACACAAACACCUAUAUUUUUUGCUGUUAUACACGGACAGUUGUCUCCACAAUUUGUUGAACAUGUGUUUUUAUAAUGCAAAGAUGUUCUAAUGUUAAGAUGAAAAGUAGUUUACUGUUGAAAAUAUUUACCUAUAGUCAAACUUACAGUUAAAUAGACGCCAUUUGCCAACAAAUAUAUUUACUUACGUAGUCCAUAGAUAUAACACACAUCAACUGAAGACGAAAAUAAUAGAAAUAUCCAUUAUUUUUUCAAGAUUAAAAUAAAUGAAAAACAUGUUAUAAGAUUUAAAAUCGGUGAUAUUUAUCUUUUGUAAGGUUUCUUUUUCGAGUUGCUCUCAAGCAAUGUUAUAAAGUAUUAAUUGUGAAAAGGUUUGUGUUAAAUCAUCUGAAGCAUGUUUAAGCUGUACUGUAACACCUGAAAGCCAUAUUCAUAGUCUACUGUUAAAGCUAUGUGAAGCAUGUUCAAACUGUGCUACUGCAACUGCAAGAUUUACUGUUACAGCUACUAGUAUGUGAAGCAUGUUCAAGAUUUACUGUUACAACUACUAGUAUGUGAAUCAUGUUCAAGGUUUACUGUUACAGCUACUAGUAUGUGAAUCAUGUUCAAGGUUUACUGUUAAAGUUGAAGCAACUUUUAGUUAUUUUUUCUCUGUUGCGUUUCUAGCCAAACAUGUAAUAUUUACAAAGAGCCUUUGUCAAAACAUUUUUAGAAUUAAUAUGAAAACAGUUGAUUAGCUAAAAUUUAAAACGACAUUUAGACUAGAUCUAAUAUACGUUUAUGAUAAAUAAAUAAUAAAAC